GCCAGUUACCUCUGUUGACCGACUGGGAGGAGACGUGCUGUCGGUGUGCCGCCGCGCUCACCCCUACCUCAGUGAACCACGAGCCAAACGUGCUAUCGUGGUGUUCCCCGAGAGCCUGUGUCAGGAUAUUGCCCUACAGGUGUCUCGCGAUGGCAGUGCUCUUGUUCUGAGUGUAGACAAUGCUGACAGGAGAAUUGAUACAGUGGGAUAUACAAAAUACUAGCUGGAAAGUGUGCAGGAGGUGAGCUCCAUUGUGCAGUGAAGCAUAAGCUAGUAACAGUGUUUUCUAAACAAAACGCAAGUGUUUACAUGUGACACGGAGUGGUUUACUUUAACUUACACGAGAGACGUUACCUGAGAGGAUAUAUCCAAUAAUCAACAGUGCUUAAUAAAGAAGAGAUUAUGGAAGUGAUUAAUCAGUUAUUUGUUCUGAAGCGUGAUUACUAAUUGAUUAAAUUAACAUUGGUGAAAUCACUGGAUGUAGUGGAUAGCCAAUGCACACAAACAAUCAACAGUUGAUAGUGCCGUACUCAAGUGUGAAGUGUACGAGUGACUACAGUCGAGCAAGUGUUGGCUGUAAAACCUUGUGAAUAUUUGGUGAAAAGUGAGACCGUCUUAUCUAUGGAAUGACAUAUGGACUUACCCUACGCUAAGAGAAACCGUGCAGAUAUAUUAGGAUCUUCAGUCCACAUGUCAAGGCGAGUGUUUGUGGUGUUCUGACAACACAGGGUUUGGUUGUACAAUCAACCAUUCCAUCCAACAAUUGAAAAGAGGGCGCCUGGCGAGGGUGACCUCAGCUGACCCCUCAGGACUGGUGACGGCAAGUUUCCCCUCUGAUGGUGAACGCCCGGAGGCACUGACCACACCAGGAUCUAAGCGCUUUGGGAACUGAGAUAUUUACGUGUGCCUGGAAGGAUAUAUUUACAUUGAUUUAUAGAUAAACACCAAAGUGCUUACUCUUUUGUGCAUUAAGUGAUAUGGAUUGUAGAGGAUUAAGCAGACGGUGACGUAUAGUGAGUGAGCAGUGCCGUGUCAACUGAAGCACGUGUUGGCCAAGCAACACUGCACGGACGAACCCCCUCGAACCAGACGUGAGCCGGGCUUGAGGUUGAUCUCGUAAGGAGUGUAUGACCUUGUGGCCUCGCGUGACCUCACCCUCCUGAUGGUGAAGCACGCAGGCCGCGUAAAGUGCCUGGCCCGUGCUGGCCAUGGACAUGUUUAGCCUUCAGCUGGAGAGCGAGUGGGUGGGUGGUCGUGGUAUCGCUGGAGGAGCAGUUUCUGUUGUCACCACCGUCUGGGGAGUCACUUCGAGCACAACCCAGAGUACGCCUACACCCACGACACCAAAUUGCAGCAGCAACACGCCCUGCAACCCAAACAUGCCAGCACAACCCUUCAAUCCGCAUAAUAAACCCUUCUCCAAUAUGGUCAACUACCCCUCCAAGCCAAAUGGAUGGUGGGAUUCUAGCCAAAGUUCUGUCGAUCAAAAGCCGUUUGAAGGCAACAACGGAAGCGGUGGCUUCGACAACAGUCCAGGUCCCACCAUGAGCGGCGGGAACAGCAUGAGCGGGCCUGGAGCCAUGGGCGGCCCCGGGACCAUGGGCGGCCAGAUGGGCGGCUCGGGAGACGCCUCCGGACAGUACGGCACGUCGAACGCCGCCCUCAACACGGCGGCGAUGGUAGCGGCGGCGACGGCCACCGCCACCGCCACCGCCGUCGCCCUGCGCCCGGAGCGACCCGACAUGCAGGGCCAGUACAACGGACAGAUGGGAGGAAUGAAUGCUGGGUUCUCAGGUCCAGGUCCUGGUUUUGCGAUGCAGAGACCCAGCACGCCCAAUAUGAACAUGAACAACCCCAUGAAUGGCAUGAACAAUAUGAUGAACAACAUGAUCAACAAUAUGGGUGGAGGAAUGAUGAACAAUGUGCCCAUGAACAACAUGCAGAAUAUGCAGAACAUGGGACCUGGCAUGAACAAAUGCAUGAGCAUGCAGCCAAACAUGGGAAUGAUGUAUCAGCGUGGUAUGGGCCCGGGCAGUGGCCCAGGAGGGGGCAGGACAGGACCGUACCCCAACCCUGCAAUGUACAUGGCACAGAAAAGGGCAGCUCAGGGCCAGUUCAGCCAACCCUCCAUGGGACAAAUGGCACAAAUGAAUCCACAGACUAUGAACAUGGCAGGUAUCCGAGGAGGAAAUGGAUACCCGGUACAACAACCCUUGCCUUCCCAGUUCCCCCCGGGCCAGGGCAUGCGGCCGAACAUGCGACCUGGUGUCCCAUGUGGGCCAGGUGGGCCUCCUUUUAAUCAGGGCCAGUUUUAUAACCAACAGCAGUACAACAACUUCAACAACCAGUACAACGAGAUGGGGCCAAUGGGUCCCAUGAAUGGCAUGAACAUGAAUAGCAUGAACAUGAAUGGGAUGAACAACAUGACCAGCAACAUGGGCAAUGGCAUGAACAGUAUGGGGCCACAGAUGGCAGGGAUGAGUUCAACAGGCAUGGCGCCUGGUGGGACUAGUGCUAUGAACUCUGCCAUGAACUCAGGAAUGAACAGUAUGAAUAGUAUGAACAGUGCAGGGAUGAACAACAUGAACAGUGCAGGAAUGAGCAAUAUGAACAGUGGCAUGAGCACUGGUAUGAGCAGUGCAAUAACUAGUUCAAUGACCAUGACCAGUCAAAUGAGCAACAGUGCUGGCAGCAACAUGAGUUCUGGGAUGAACAAUAUGAGUUCAGCUAUGAACAACAUGAAUUCCAACAUGAACAACAUGUCAAGGAACAUGGCCGCUGCUCCUGGAAAUGUUGGCAAUGUUGGCGGAAACUACCAACACUCCCCAAUACCGGGCAACCCCACACCACCUCUUACCCCUUACAUGAGCCCACCUUAUGCCAACCAACAGGACGUCAAACCUGACUUAUCUGAAAUGAAACCAUUAAUGGGCCAGAGUAAGUCUGACGAAGAUGAUGAACUACGGCUGACCUUCCCUGUUCGUGACGGGAUAGUCUUACAGCCAUUCAGAUUGGAGCACAAUUUAGCCGUUUCCAAUCAUGUCUUCCACCUCAAACCCACCGUUUAUCAAACCUUAAUGUUCAGAUCAGACCUGGAACUCCAACUUAAGUGUUUCCACCAUGAGGAUCGGCAAAUGAACACAAACUGGCCAGCCAGUGUCCAGGUUUCCGUCAAUGCAACUCCUUUGAACAUUGAUCGAGGAGAGCAGAAAAAUUCACACAAACCUCUAUACAUCAAGGGAGUUUGCCAGCCUGGAAGAAACACCAUUCAGAUUACUGUGACUGCAUGCUGUUGUUCCCAUCUAUUUGUGCUACAGUUGGUGCACAGACCAAGUGUCAGGUCAGUCCUACAAGGCCUCUUACGGAAGAGGAUGUUACCUGCUGAACACUGUGUUACGAAAAUCAAGAGAAACUUUAACUCUGUGGCAGCCACAAGUGGUACAUUAAAUAAUUCUGAAGGUGAUGGAGUAGAACAAACUGCGAUCAAAAUCUCCCUAAAGUGUCCCAUUACAUUCAAGAGGAUAACACUACCAGCAAGAGGCCAUGACUGCAAACAUAUACAAUGUUUUGAUCUUGAGUCGUACCUUCAGAUGAACUGUGAAAGAGGAGCAUGGCGAUGCCCAGUCUGCAACAAAACUGCAUAUUUGGAGGGACUGGAAGUUGACCAGUAUAUAUGGGGUAUUAUUACUACCCAGCAAAAUGCCAAUUCUCCUGUUGAUGAGGUUACUAUGGAUUCAUCAGCAUCAUGGAGAGCCAUGCAUGGUUCAGGCAUGCCUGGUACUCCAGGAGUUAAAGAUGAGGAUUCAGACACAUGUAUGAAGCGGUGGAACAAAGCCAUGUCUCCAGGAAGUAUGACUCUGCCUACCAUGAGUAACAUUGAUAUGGGGCAGUCCAUGAGUCCAUAUGUACCUCCUGACAUGAACAGCAUUAACAAUGGUUCUAUGAUGAACAUGAUGGGCAUGGGAAGCAGUGGUAGCAGUGGACCUGGCAUGUCUAGAUCCACGUCUCAGUUUGACCUCAGCUCACCUGAUUUCACGAGUGGCGGUGGCCCACUCUCGCAGCUGAGUGAGUCUGUCAACAAAAUGGAUCCCCUCGGAGCCAUGGAAAAGUCAGUCAAGGACCAAAUGGUUCCUCAGAUGGGACCACCUCCACCAACCUCCUCCACCACUACCUCCACUUCCACAAUGGCUGCUCCAACAGCAGCAUCAACCACCACCACCACAUCUUCCUCAUCCUCUUCACAACCACUAUGUUCUACCACCACUGCCACAACCACAACACCUACCACUCCAGCAUCAUCAACAACACAGCCAAAUGUAAGCAGUGGGCAAGGAAUGCCUCAUACUCCGCACACACCACACACUCCUCACACGCCACAUACUCCAGGAGGAGCUGGCGGUCCUCCUAGUGUCCCCUCUGCAAGUACUUGCAGCAACACAUGUAACAGCAGCAGUACCAACAAUACCAACACCAACAGCACCAGCAACAGUACUACCACAGAGACACAUAACACUUGUAAUGAGAUGACCGACCUUCCCACACUUAGUUUUGACCCCUUAGAUGGUGAUGGGUCAGGCCAGGAUGGAAUUGAUGUCAGUGUCUUCAACAGUGGAGUAGACCCUAUGGACCCACUGGAAUUAUUAUCGUACUUAGAACAACCAGACUACAACACUCCGCCCUCCUCUGGCGCAUCCUCACAAGGUCAGGGAGCAGGGAACACGCCUGCCGGUGCUGGACUAUCUGCUGCCCCCGACACAGACGAUAUAUUGGCACUGUUUGAGUAGUAUAUAAUGAAGAGACUAUAGUGUCAAUACGGAUAGAAUUCAGGUGCUUGACUAUAUGAUUAAAAGUGUUUGUGAUCACGUUAGACUACAGUCAGAACAUGAAACAGUCAUGAUUUUUUAGAAGUGAGCAAACAGAAGAACUGUGAUACUCAAACUGGAUUUGAGAGAAACUUUAGUGCAUUUGCAGUCGUCUCAGUGGAAUGUAUUUCACAGUCUUCAUUCAAGAGAGAAAUAUAAUGGGUAAUCAAGUAAACAGUGAGACCAAUGAUACAUGUUUGAUGUGGUGUGUAAGCACAGUUUGACGCACAUCUGGACAGGGAGUCAUGCUGCAAGAAUUAGCACAAGGAUGUGUAGAAAAAGAUACAGCUCGGAUUAUAUGAUUAUUUUGUAGUCAGACCAUACUGAUGCAUAUUCACUGAUGCAUAUUCUGAUAUGUAGAAAUGACCAGUGUGAUGGUGCAAAUCAUUUUAAUGACCAUUUGUAAAGCACAGGUUCCUCAAACUGUGUUUUAUACUUGUAACACAGAAUAUAUCCAUAUGCCAGGGUCUGUCAGAGGAGAGGAUGUAUUCCAAAGUAGCAAAAAAGUCCUUUUCAUGUUUAACCCCAAUGGGCUCCAUGACGGUUACCCCAGUGAGUAGUUAGGUUGACAAGUUUAGUAGGAUAAUUAUUGUGGCUAUGCAAAGAUGUCCACAGUAGUGUUGUUCAAAAUCAAUCAUGACAUCAAAAUGACAAUGUGCAUAAUAUUGUCUUAAUUAGGAACUUGCAAUUUUAGUCCAUGUUUAUUGUUUUGAGUUUUAGAACCUCAACAAUAACAUGAAGUAAAGCAUGUAUCUCCGUAGGUCCCCAGUCGCAUGUAAAUAAAAACUCUCAAAAGACCAAAAUGAGAGUGUGAAGAAGUCUGAAUCAUUCUGAAUGAUUGUCACAUCAUUAUUGAGAGGCUCUUAAUUAAGUUGACAUAUUCAGAAGAUAGGGGAGGGAGGGUGCAUUUUGUGCAACUGCGAAUGAGUCCCAAGAAAUUUCUCUGAGUGUUGUUGUGAAUGCAGUGUGAUAUUUCUGGCUGCACAGGUUUAUGGGUGGUUUACUGUCUAGACGAAUUAUUGCAUUUAUUUAUAGGGUAAUCCCGUGUGCCUGUCAGCCUAAUAUGUGUAAAUAGCUGUGUACAGAAAUGUUCUUUUAUUUAUCUCACCUGGUCUCGCCCUUAGAGUCCUACGCAUUGUCUAAGCUUUAAUCCCUAGCUCUGUCUUCACCCACAUGACCUGUAGGAUACACGAUCACAUACAGUACACCACCGCAAUUAUUGACUCCUACCCACCACCCUGGUGAACUUUGGUGUUGGUUUGCUGUGGGUCGGUGGAGUCAAAACCUCAACCUGGCUAUUAUAGCGACUUUGGUUUCAGAAGAUAUGACCUCAUUUUGUGUCAGCAUUUUUAUAAACAUAUGUAUAUUACAUGUAUUUUUUUCUUUCUUAUUUAUUAUUAUUAUUUAUUAUGAUUUUUUUUUUUACAUUUCAUCAUUAUGAUUUUUUUCUUCAUCUCUGACACUUGAGUGCAUCUUAAAUCCUCAUUCAAACUGUGUUCCUAUCUAUGAUUAAGAUUACAUUAUGAUUCUUAGAAAGCAAACAUUUUUUUCUGAAAUCAAAGUCUCCAGGCUUCAUGCAUACUCUGUUGACCGUCAGUGUAAUGAAGCUUAAAUGAAAUGUUUAAUUUUUAUGAAAAUAGAUUUAUGCACUUAUACAGAAUCACUGAAAGUGUUUUUAUGUACUGUGUACAAAGAAAAAUGGUUUAACAUUAUGAUCUCAAGAUUGUCAUUUUUAAAGUUAUUUAGAGGAAUUCAUACAAUGGAUUUUUAAACAGUUAGUGACUGUCAAAGAGUUUGUGUAAGCCAUCACUUCUCAUGUAAACUGUACCAGAGAACUUAAAAGAUAGUUUCUAACUCAGA